CUCUGGCUGUGGUGUCGCGGGAACGCGCGUGGAUUCGGUGACGGAAGACCUUGAUUAUUACAUUAACCUUUGCACUCAAGGAGAUGAAAUAGUGAAAAUUAUAACGUAGACUGUGGAAAUAGAGGAGCUACAAGCGUUUUCCCAGUCGCAACUCAUCUGCUUUCGGUACGCUGCUUUGGUUGUGAAACCGUGUUAAUCCUCCAGAAAUAGCACGAGACUCAAGUUAAACAGUCUACAUGCUGCUGGAUGGCCCGAUCCGUGCAACUCUGCAGACUCCGUAGGAUUUAAAGGCAAGGCUGCUUUACACGAAUUGGAGUCGAAUGCAAGAGCAGCCGUUUGAUUUGGAUGAAGAAAGAUGAUCUGGGUAAAAAUACAAACAGGAACUCGCAGAGCUUGGCUGUCUCGGGUGGUGUUGAGACAGGAGCUGUUCUUCUCUUCGGCUGUGCCUACCCAGCCGGUGCCCCCCUUAGCCCAGACUCUGCAGGGGUACCUGCGGGCCCUGGAACCCCUUCUGCCCCCUGAGGAGCUCAACCACACGCACAAGAUGGUGCAGGAGUUUGGCAGGCCAGGGGGCCUGGGUCAGAGUCUGCAGGAGGGGCUGCAGAAGAGAGCCAGACACACCAAGAACUGGAUAACAGACUGGUGGGUGCAAUGGGCGUACUUGGAGAGUAGACAGCCGCUGCCUGUUCAUUCUAACCCGGCCAUCUCUCUUCCCAGACGAGACUACUCCGACUGGAGGGGCCAGCUUGUGUUUGCAUCCAAACUGAUAGCUGCAGUACUGGAUUUCAAAGCCAAAAUUAAUACUGGCCAGCUGCCGGUGGAGUAUAUGCGGGAGACGCCUCUGUGUAUGGAGCUCUUUCCCCUCCUCUUCUCGUCCUGCAGAAUCCCGGGUCCCAAACACGACUACAUAGCCCACCAUGGCCGCUCCCGACGAUCACCAACGCACAUCACAGUGGUCAGAAACUACCAGUUUUUCCAGUUAGAUGUGUACAAUAGCGAUGGAUCGCGGAUGACCGAGAGCCAGAUCCAUGCCCAGCUCUUAAGGAUCAGGUCUCAGUCCUGGAAGACGGACAAAGAACCCAUGGGCAUCCUGACCAGUGAGCACCGCCACACCUGGGGUCAGGCCUACAACCGCCUGCUCAAAGAUAAACUAAAUAAGGAAUCGGUGCGGGCGAUAGAGAAGGGCCUUUUCAACUUGUGCUUGGAUUCUGCAGUCAUGAGGAUAUCGGAUGAAAAGUACGCUAGUCGUAAGGCAGCACAGGUUUUGCACGGGGGCGGGACUUUCUCCAACAGUGGCAACCGUUGGUUUGACAAAACACUACAGUUUGUGGUGGGUGAAGAUGGCUCAUGGGGCCUUCUGUACGAACAAGCUACUGCUGAGGGCCCGCCCAUAGCAACACUUUUAGAUCACAUCCUACAAUACUGCAUGAAGCCGGACCCUAAGAGAGCCCCAUUGGUCCCACUACCAAUGCCAAAGAAGCUUUACUUUUGCAUUGACCAAGAAAUUAAGUGGGACAUAGAGCAUGCCAAGCAAAAUCUUGACAUACUGAUCAACGACCUCGAUGUGAACGUGUUUAACUUCCAGAGGUUUGGCAAGGAGCUGCCCAAGCAGCACAAUCUGAGUCCCAACUCCUUCAUCCAGGUGGCCCUGCAGCUGGCUUACUACAGAGUUCACAACGAGGUCUGUCCCUCUUGUGACAUUGCUUCCCAGCGGAUGUUUCGAGGUGGCCGGACCGAAUACAUUCGCUCUCCCACAAAUCAAACGCUCAAGUUUAUACUUGCCUUUGAUGACCCAUCAAUAUCGAGGGAAGCAAAGUUACAGUUGUUCAAAGAGGCCGUUGACGCCUACACCGCCCUGACUGAUCAGGCACUCAAAGGGCAUGGCAUUGACCACCACCUGUUAGGUCUGAAGCUCCAGGCUAUUGAGGAGGGACUAAGCAUUCCUAAAAUCUUCAUGGAUACAGCAUACGGGUUGGCAACACAUUGGAAACUCAGAACAGGGCAGGUGCCUGCAAACACAGACAGUGUGAUGUGUUUUGGACCUCUUGUUCCCGAUGGCUAUGCAGUAUGCUACAACCCUCAGGCAGACCAUGUCCACUUUUCCAUAACUGCCUUUAACUGCUGUGAGGAGACGCAUGCAGAGACGCUGGCCCUCACUCUGAAUGACACCCUGUGUCAACUACAGGAACUAUUGCAGCCUAGCGUGUCCAGCUAAUUCUGUGUCUGACAAUCUUUCCUACACGGCUACACGUCUGGAGCAGAUGUGGUGUUUGAAAGCCCCCCCCCCCCAUACACCGGCAUUAUGAGUUCUUUAUAAGCCUUGGCGAGGCGCAUCCUUAUCUCUUGACCCAGGCUAGCCUGAAAUGCUACAAUUUAGCACAGCGAGCGCAUGACUGAACUCAGAGUACUGUGUUCUGUUGGUGCUACGAGUUUUGUUAAGGGUUGGAUCUUUUUUCCUGUGCUAAAUGCUAGUAUGAGCUUUAAAAAAGCUGCAUUGCUGCUGGUGGAGAUGACGCACUCGUCUUUUACUAUUUUUUUUUUCCUGGGUGAAAGCAAAAGAUGUUAAAGGCCGCAGAAGACCCCAGUAUCAACCAGUUUUUCUACGUUUAAAUGCAUUGGAUUUCCCUAUGAAAACAUUAGACGAGUAUCUGCAAAAUGUAUUUCUUGUUGGCUGCACUGCCUUUUGAGAAGUGCUCAACCAAGCCGUUUAUGCUGGAGGAGAUAUCUGUUGCUGAAGACGACCAAAUACCAACAAGCCUGUUGGUAAAGGUACUAAGAAAUAAUGCAUUUUGUCAGUUGAACUCACCUUGUUGGACAUGAACAACAUAGCUCUAUUUUUGUAUGACCGUAAACAAGGCUUUUUGGUGGGUGUACUUGCUUGCAGGACUGGUCAAUAAAAUCAGGUGGUGCUUAACAUGGCUAAAUGUCGUGCCUGUACAUGCAGCACCUUUUACAAGGUGGAAU